CAGAGCACUCAAUCCUCAAGCGGCCAUCGUCGUCAACCUUAUCAUGCACAGUUGACACCAAAAGCAGAGAGAGAUAGAGAGAGAGCGCGAUCCACUCCAUCCUGCAAGUUUUCUGUCCCGCCCACCCAACACCAAGAACAAUUAAACGCUUUGAUCGAUAGAUCAAUAUCAGUCGCUAGCGCGCGCAUACGCAGACGACGCGAAGGCAUAUAUGGAGGGAGGCCAGCUGGGGACUUGCCUUCCUAGCUUCCUCGUGCCGGAUCACUACGCCUUCCCUCUUCCGCUCCCGCCGCUACAACUUCCUAGUAGCCAACCGAACAACAAGCCUUUCCAGAUGCCGUUUGACGACGUCCAGGAAGAGGCCGGGAACCACGCCGGGAUGCUCUCCUCCUCCGACCACUGUGGACUAUACCCGCUGCAGUCACUGCCCUUCGGCAGUAGCGCCUCCGGCGGCGCCGGCGCGGCAGCGUGCGGUGGGAAGCCUACGGCCGUCGGUUUCAUGCCCAGCUGUAGUGCUGUCGGCGCUGAGGAGGUCUGCACCUCGGUGGCGCCUACUACUAAUGGUUGCAACGAGAGUAAUAGCGCAUGGUGGAAGGCCUCAGCAGCGGAGAGAGGGAAGAUGAAGGUGAGGAGGAAGAUGAGGGAACCGAGGUUUUGCUUCCAGACCAGAAGCGACGUGGAUGUACUGGAUGAUGGCUACAAGUGGAGGAAGUACGGCCAGAAGGUUGUCAAGAACAGCCUCCAUCCAAGGAGCUAUUUCCGGUGCACUCACAGCAACUGCCGCGUGAAGAAACGGGUGGAGCGGCUGUCGACGGACUGCCGCAUGGUGAUGACCACGUACGAGGGCCGCCACACGCACUCUCCCUGCAGCGACGACGCUUCCUCCGGCGACCACACCGAUUGCUUCAGCUCCUUCUGAACACCACGUACUUGAUUUGAUUAAAGCUGCCGGCGAAUUUAAUUUCGCAGUUAACUUCUGAAUUCAAGCGGCGAUCAGUUGGUGAUCUCGAUCGAUCUUCAGUUAAUUUUGCGGCCGGGAUGGAUGACAGAACACGAUGAAUCCGUGUCACAUGCAUGCAUAUGUCAUGUGUACCACUACUCGUGUAAUCGAUCGAUGUGAUCAUCCGCCGCCGUGCAAAUGAUCCAUUCCAUCGGUUGAUUAUGCAGUCAUGUAGUAGUAUUAUAUC